CAAUUGAAAAGCCUCAAGAUGAGUGAAAUAUGUAAUUUAUAUUUUGUUAUUAUUUUAUCGUUCUAUUUUUUAAUUGUUCGAUGUGACAAUGGUUUUGAUACAGACAAAUUUCAUUCAGAAUCGAACGAGACAAGUUUACGAGCUUAUAUGAGCGGUGUCCGCAUGGGUAUAAUCAAAGUUGAAAAAUAUCCGCUCAAAGAGUUUUUGAUACACGACGAAAAUAUAUUUCAAGGUAUUUAUAAGGAAUAUCUCUCGUUGAACGUAACUUCGCCGCUUAAUUAUGAGGAAUGGCUUAUUAUGAACAACUUUGGAAUUCUUCCGGACACCCAGGAAUCGUUAUUUGAAAGAAAAGUUAGUAAACGUAGUACGGCUGAUAAUAAAAAGCGUUUCGUUAACACCGUCAAGAAAGGGGAUAUACUUAUAACCGGUCGCGGCAUAGGUGGUUUAAUCGGUCACGCAGCGAUAAUGACUACGGAUUACUGGGUACUAGAAAUGCCAGGCGGCCCUGGGUGGGAACAUGGUAUAAAAAGUAAUAAUCGCCAAAUUAGUAAACACGCUUGGUUCGACGAACAUAAAUCUGAUUGGACGACUGUGUAUCGCUGUGGAAGAGGAGACGCAGCGCACGAGGCUGCUAUAUGGGCUGAUCACACCUACUACAACCCAAGUGGAGGUGCAACUAAAACGAAACACAUCACAUAUAAAAUAACAACAGAUAUAUGGUCUACAAAUCCGAGCUAUUGUUCCAAGCUUGUAAUACAGGCGUACUAUUAUGGAACAGGAAAAAAGAAAGUCAUUAGGGAUUUAUCUAUCGCUGGCAGGAUUAUUGUGCCCACAACAAUACCAUCGUAUUUCUUGAGUCCGUACACGUUAAUUAAUAAAGGAAAGUUUUGAUCCGAUUUUGUUGAUUACUAAAAUAUUGUAUACACAUAAAUGUGAAGAAAAAAAAAAACGUAAACACUGCAAAUUAAUAAAAAAUGUACACAUGGAACAUAAAAAUUUUAUUGGUUUUAAUUAUAGGAAAUUCUCGUUUCUCUUCUAUGUAUGUGUAAAAAUAUAAAUAUUUAGAAAGCAAUAUAUUUUUGAAGUUAAUUAUAUUGAAUUAAGAAGUGAAAAAAACAGCAUAUUUUUCAUCAUAUGUACGAUACAUCCUGUCUAAUGUUAAGACGCAUGUUGCAAAUAUAAAUAUAAUAAAGUGAUUAAGAAUGUCUUUUUUUUAAAUUAUUUGUUUACCACUAUUGUAUAGCUUUACUGUCGCAUCUUUAUCGUUGAUAAUAUAAAAAAAUAAUUAUAAAGUUAUUCAUAAUAUUUCUGUUAUUUACUUGACUAUUUGCGGCAUUGACAAUAAUUUAUUUUGCGAUACGACUUCUUGCAGGGACUUACCCGCAGUAGCUAUUGUUCAUUAUAUUUGAUUCAGUAUAUCAUGUGUCAUGCGUCUGGGUCAUUGAGAAUAAUAGGUUUAUUUAUUACUAGUUGUGCCCCUCGGUUUCACCCGUAUUAAUUUGAGGAAAAAACGUAUUAAAAUGUAAUAUACCCUAGUAGCCUCCCUCGGUAAAUAGACUUAUUCGACACAAAAUCAUUUUUCACUUUCAACCAAGCAGAUCUUGAGAUAAUCGCAUUCAAACAAACAAACUUUUUAGCUUUUUAAUAUUAGUAUUGUUUAUAUAAUCUUGACUAAAAUAAAUUAGCACUUUGUAUGCUUUAAUUAUUUUCCUAGUCAACUUUUGAUUUAUUUCGUUAUUCAAUAAACUAUAGAACGGAAGAAAAAAAUAUAAUGCGGUUUAGUAAAAGAUUAACCAAACAAGUUAAAUUGUACAUUGCUGAAAUAAAUCUUUUAGAAUUAGACAUGCACAUAAUUAUAUUACAUAUGUAGGAUAUUAGCAUAACACAGAUCCUUUGAUGAAUCUAGAUUUCUAAGGUUUUUAGCACUGUGUAAUGAAAAUUGUUUAUUUUGACAUAAAAAAACACUAGAAAUACACUAAGAGCCUAUUUCAUCGUUGAAGAUAUUUGAGGCAUAAUUGUAUCCAAAAGAUAAAAGCUUAUAGAUAUGAUAUCCUUUUUUACGCAAGUUGUUAUAAAAAUAAAAUUUAUCAUCUUUUU